AUGUUUCACAUGCUUGUUUUGUUCUGGUUGUGGUAUCUGAUUGGUGUGUUUGGAGAGUCAGUGUCCGUGAUGGAGGGAGAUUCUGUUGUUCUACACACUGAUGUUACUGAAAUACAUAAAAACGAUGACAUACAGUGGAUAUUUGGAGCUGAAAACAUUCUAAUAGCUGAAAUCAACACAGAGGUUGGAUUCUUCAACAUGUCUGAUGUUCUUGAUGGGAGAUUCAGAGACAGACUGAAGCUGAACAAACAAACUGGAUCUCUGACCAUCACAAACAUCACAACUCAACACUCUGGAGACUAUAAACUAGAGAUUAGUGGAGUAAAACUGUCAUCAAAAACAUUCAGUGUUUCUGUCUGCCGUCAUCUGCCCAUUCCUGUCAUAACUAGUAACUCUUCACAAUGUUCAUCAUCAUCAUCAUCAUCAUCAUCACAGCAGAAUUGUUCACUGUUGUGUUCAGUGGUGAAUGUGAGUCAUGUGACUCUCUCCUGGUACAAAGGAAACCGUUUAUUGUCCAGCAUCAGUGUGUCUGAUCUCAGCAUCAGUCUGUCUCUACCUCUGGAGGUGGAAUAUCAGGAUAAAAACACCUACAGCUGUGUGAUCAACAAUCCCAUCAGCAACCAGACUCUACAUCUGGACAUCAGUCAACUCUGUCACACAUGUGCAGAAGUCCACUAUUGUUGCGGUUUUACUGAAGCUCUAAUCCGAUUGGUCAUCUCUGCACUUGUGGGCGUGGCUGCUGUGGCUGUUCUGGUUUAUGACAUCAAAUCCACAAGAGGAGGAGACAAGAAGCAGAUACCAUAUAUAUUAUAA